AUGUUUUGGAACAAGAGAAGCCAUGAGUUGCGCCCAGCGCAUACCAUAACACCCAAAAAAGAAACAAAGAAGAAAAGUCGUUCACCGACAGAAGCGCUUGAAAGCCAUAGUAGCGGCCAAUCCGGUCGCCAGGAGCGCUCCACCCAUCGUGACAGCUUGCAGGGCAGCGUUCAUCAUCUGGUGCCUAUUGCGGGUACGGCAACGCUUGAAGAAAUCGGCCAUGUCAUUUCCACGGGGAAAUGGAGUGUCGGGGACAUCUUCUCCCAGAAAUUCACACAGAGGGCCCCAGCCAUCGCUGAUCUUGUACUCCAACAGGCGCUCAGGUGGGACCAGGCUGCGGACUUCGUCGACGUGAUCCUGGUACACCUGCUUGCCCUUGUUGGGGAAGUCCCCGCGGAAGAAGGUCUCGAAAAACUUGUUCAACAUAGGGUAGUACAUGCUGGCAGCCCAGCUGAAGUUCGAAACAAAGCUGUGUUCAGGAUCGCUCACACGCCAAAAGACAGUCUUCAUGACGGAUCUGUUGGAUACCAGUUAGCGGAUAAAUCACCUCAGAUCUAUUCCAGUGUCAACUUACGCAUGCCACGAGUCCACAUCACGAGUAGUCAGAAUAACCUUAGCAUUAGGGGCUGA